GGCAACCGGGCGCUGUCACCAAACGCGAGCCCGUGGAAAAAUAAACCGCGUCGCCGUCCCGAGCCUUCUCGUCUUCCUCCCCACCCUAACCCUCGCUGCCUCAGAAAAAGAAGAACAAAAAAAACCCCUCCCAGUCCGCCGCCGCCGUGCCGCCUACGCCGGCCCCUCUUCACCAGCUAGCCUGCUACGGAUCUCAGCCGCCUGCUGAGAUGGAUGACAGCUGCGCGGUGUGCGCGGAGGCGCUGGAGUGGGUCGCUUACGGGCCAUGCGGGCAUCGCGAGGUGUGCUCGACCUGCAUCAUCCGCAUUCGCUUCGUGCUCGAGGACCCUCGAUGCUGCAUCUGCAAGACCGAAUCGGACACCGUCUUUGUCACGAAGGCCAUGGGCGAUUACACAAGAGUGAUCACCGAUUUCUCUGUUUUUCCCUCUGGGGCGAACGAGGGGAAGGUGGGGGAAUACUGGUACCAUGAGGAUACAAAGGCAUACUUUGAUGAUGCUGAUCAUUAUAAAAUGAUAAGGGCAAUGUGCCGGCUUUCUUGUAGUGUAUGUGAGAAAGCUGAGGAUCAGGUUGGUCAGGCAGCACAAGCAAAGCGCAGAAGCAGGUUCAGGAGCAUUGAACAGCUAAAGGGACAUCUGUUUCAUCAGCACAGGUUAUUCAUGUGCAACCUUUGCUUGGAGGGGAGAAAGGUAUUCAUUUGUGAGCAGAAGCUUUAUACAAGGGCACAGUUAACUCAGCAUACAAAAACUGGUGACUCUGAGGUGGACGGGUCUGAGGGUGAACGCAGUGGUUUUGCAGGACACCCAAUGUGUGAAUUUUGCAGAAAUGCAUUUUAUGGAGACAAUGAGCUUUACACACAUAUGUCCAGAGAACACUUUUCGUGCCACAUAUGUCAAAGGCAGCAUCCUGGACAGUACGAUUAUUUCCGUAAUUAUGAUGAUUUAGAGAUGCAUUUUCGUAAGGAUCAUUUUCUAUGUGAAGAUGAAGCAUGUUUGGCAAAGAAGUUUACCGUCUUCCAGAGUGAAUCAGAGUUCAAGAGACAUAAUGCUAUGGAGCAUGGAGGGCGAAUGUCUCGUGCUCAGAGGAAUGCUGCACUUCAGAUACCUACCAGUUUUAUAUAUCAAAGGAAUGAGCAGGAUCAAAGGCGUGGCAGAGGUAGGGGCCGUAGUGCUCACGGCAGACCUGAUAGGGAUAUCUCAUUUGCUCUGUGGGAUGGCAGUGCAACUGUGGACCAUGGCCUUGGAAAUCGAGUUGAUAGUGUGACAGGGCCCUUGCAUUCAUUAAGUGUCAGUUCUAAUUCUGGGCGAGCAGAAACUGGCCGAAGCACUGGGAAUGAUCGUGUACUCGAACAGUUGUCUUUUCCUCCACUUCAAGACCAGGAUAUCCCUGAUGCUAGGAUGGACUCUGUUCCUGACGAAACUUCCUUUCCUCCCCUUUCGGAGCAGCCAUCAAGGUAUGCUCUGGCCGUUAAUCAGAGUUCAAGGGGUUCUGCGAGGCUUGGUGACGAAUCAUUAUUCCCUCCAUUACCGGGGUCGAGUAACAACAGGGGUGCUGCUUCAACGCAACAGGGACUACAAAAUCUCGCUAAGAACACACUUGCUUCAAGGCUUCAACAACGUAGUAUGGGCACUGUGAAAGUACUCAAUUCUUCUCGGCCUCGCCCCUCUGAAAAUCCUGAAAUAGUACCUCAUGUUUCAAGUUCGACCCAGACAUGGCCUCCACCUGAUCAGGGGCUACUCUCUGGUUCUUCUCAACUUCGGAUGGGAUCAACAAGAGAAAAUGGGCUCACGCCACCUGCCUCCAGCAGUUCAGCAUGGAAGCUUGGAGGUUCAAACAAGAUGACACACUCUGUUUCUACCCUUAAUCUUGUUUCUGGUGCGUCCUUUGGCCAGACAUCAUCAAGUACACCUUACGCCAAUAAAAACCAACUGCCACCACAAAUCAGCCAAACUUCGCCUAUUGUGGAGGAUGUUCGUGCCGCCAAUAAAUCCCUGGUUGACAGAAUGCGUGCUGCUUUAGGAAUGGAUGCGGAUAGGUACGCUGCAUUUAGAGAAAUUGCUGGCGAAUACCGCCAAGGUGCCAUUGAUACUCCAGAGUAUCUUUCCUAUGUUGAGCAAUUUGGUAUAUCACAUCUUGUCCCUGAAAUGGCUAGGUUGUUACCUGAUCCUUGGAAGCAGAAGGAACUUCUUGAUGCCUAUUACACCAAUAUGCGCUUUAGAAGCCUCAACGAAAAUGGCACUGGUGAAACCAGUACGUUGAAAGAGAACAAGCCUAAAAAGAAGGGGAAGGGAAAAACUCAUGAUGUCUCAGAAACGAUUGAUGCCAAGGAUGCAAGUAAUUCGCUAGCAGAUAGUUUUUUGGAAACUGUGAGGAAGCAUCAAUCAAAUAACAAGGCUCAGGAAGGAGAGGCUGUGGUGCUUUCCAAAGAUGGGUAUCGAUCUUCCAAGGGAAAGACCCCACUAUUAGCUGGCGGGUCAUCAUCUAGUACAGAUAUGGGUCUAGAUGGUGAUCCUGGUGCCGUCAGCGAUGUGGUGAAGGGAGGGAAAGGCAGCAGCAGUAACAGCAGUCGACAAUCAAAGAAAACGUCAAAGUUUCUCAGAGCUCGAUUAGGUGAUAGCUCACUAGCUAUGCUUGACUUUAGUCGCCGUGACGUGAGCCCUGAACGACCAGAACAGGAAUCGCAAGGCCCACACACUGGGUUGCCUGUGCGAAGCGUUUGGAAGAAUGGUGCAGCGCAGAAGCUCUUUUCUGGCAAUGGAAAGAAGUAAAAUCAUUUUAUGGUUGCCGUUUGAUGCAUAAAUUGAACUGGUUGACAGUAAGUGUACACAUUUUGUGUUCUGCAGAGAGGAAACACCUUAGGUGCAGAAGGCACUUUGUUUGGUUUAAGUUGCGUUUUCUACUGAAUUUGCUGGCCAAAACCUCAAAGGUGGGGACGAAACCUGGAAUGAUCAAUGAGCAAUGUAAUGUUUGUGGCUAGUUGUACCUUGGCGAGUCCAUUGGUAGAUGGUAUGUUGCAUGUAUCUACCAAUGUUUCAGGCUGUGCGACUUUCGGUUACAGUUUCUUAUAUUUACUGUCUGGUAAGACAGUGCUGUCAUUUGACUAUGGAUUCAGGCUUGCUCCAAAUCCAAUGACCUCUAUUUUUCGUACAUUGCAUAAUCCUCUA